AGUGCCGAAAGCAAUUCUCGUAAAAGAGGUUAUACAGUAAACUGGGCUUGCAAUUUAUAAAGAAAUAAUGAAAGUCCUCUCGGAAUUAUAAAAAUUGCAAGAAAAUUAAGGAUAACAUACUAUUUCGCAUUUAUACAUAUUUCUUUUUCCACAAUACUGUGAUUUAUCGAUAGUUUGAAAAAACGAAACCAUGUAUUCAAGACUUUGCGCUCUCAGGACAAGCCUGAGCCACCGCCUGUUACCAUGCAGCAACAUGUACAGCAGCGGAAUCCUUAAGAAGAAGGAGCCCCCAUUAAAAGCUUUACAGCCCGGAAAGACAGUCCAUGGUUUUGUCCUCCAAGAAGUUGAACAUAUCAAGGAGUAUAACAUGACCGCAUACUUCUUAGUCCACGAAAAGACUAAAACAGAGUACCUGCAUUUAGAAAGAGAUGAUUCCAAUAAUGUUUUCUCAGUCGGUUUCCGUACAACCCCCUUAGAUUCUAUGGGAACACCUCAUAUUCUAGAACACACAGUUUUAUGCGGUUCAAAGAAUUAUCCCGUAAGAGAUCCGUUUUUCAAAAUGUUGAACCGUUCUUUAGCCACUUUUAUGAAUGCUUUGACAGGCCCUGAUUACACAUUUUACCCGUUCUCGUCACAAAAUGAGAUUGAUUAUAGGAAUCUGCAGAAAGUCUACCUUGAUGCUGUAUUUAAGCCAAACCUAUCUAGGCUAGAUUUCUUGCAAGAAGGGUGGAGGUUAGAACAUUCUAAUGUAGAAGAUAAACUCAGUAAUAUAAUGUUCAAAGGUGUAGUCUAUAAUGAAAUGAAAGGAGCAUUCUCUGAAACAAGCUCACUAUUCGGUCAAAGGUUCAUCAACACAAUUCUACCGCAAGGAACAUACGGUUAUGUUUCAGGCGGUGACCCACUAUGUAUUCCAGAACUCAGUCAUGACUACUUAAAGAACUUCCACUCAAUGUACUACCAUCCUAGCAAUGCUAGAAUUUACUCCUACGGUAACUUCCCGUUGGAAACCAACCUUAAAAUUGUUAAUGAGUCGUACUUAAGUCAGUAUGCGUACUUAAACCCAAGGCACACUAUAGUGGCUCGACAACCGCGUUGGACUGAGCCUAAGACUACACAAAUAUCUUGCAGACUAGACCAGUAUGGAGUGCCAAUAGAAAAACAGAACCAGAUAGCUAUAGGAUACGUCAUGUCUGACAUCACAAGCAUUUAUGAGACAUUUAUGAUGAUGGCAUUGACGGAACUAAUGAUCAUUGGCCCCAAUUCAGCAUUCUAUAAAAAUCUGAUUGAGAAAAAUAUUUCUGGAGGCUAUAAUUCUCUGACAGGCUACGAUAAUCAAAUAAGAGACACAUUAUUUGUAGUCGGCCUCCGCGACGUUGAACAGUCAAAGUUCGGUGUUGUAGAAAACAUCGUGAAGGAGACAAUUGGAACGAUUUAUGAUAAGGGCUUUGAAACGGAUCACAUCCAAAGCGUUUUACACGGUUUUGAGCUAUCAAUCAAGCAUCAAAGCCCCAAAUUUGGCUUGAACCUGCUAUUUAAUCUCAUGCCGCUGUGGAAUCACAACGGACCUAUCUUAAGUGCUUUAAAAGUCAACCAAUUGCUCGAUCAGUUGAAGACCAAUUUGAUGGAACCCUCGUACGUUCGCCAAGUGAUAGAAAAAUACUUCAUCUUCAACAAGCAUAGACUGACAAUGACUAUGGUUCCCGAUCCAAAAUUCGACGACACUUUCAACGAGGCAGAAGCUAAACUACUAACUAAACUAAAAGCUUUGUCUUCGGAUCAAAAAGAAGAGAUAUUUAAAGAAGGAUUGGAGCUAUCGAAAGUACAGAAGAAGCAGGAGAACUUAGAUGUUUUGCCGUGCUUGAAGCUUGAGGAUAUUGCCCUGAAUAAAACGGCACCUCCUCUAAAACAUACUGUUGCUGACAUUAUUCCUCUGCAACUGUGUGAGGCAAAUACCAAUGGUGUAACGUACUUCAAGGGUAUAAUUGGAACCGACUGCUUAGACACGCAACAAAGAGAACUCCUACCUUUCUUCAACUAUGUCAUCAACAAAUUUGACACGAAGUCAUUUAAUUAUCGAGACUUUGACAAGUACAUCAGCAAAUCCACAUCUGGGCUCGGUUUCCUCACACAUAUUACUGAGCAUAUUGAUCAACACGGCCAGUUCGAACAAGGGGUAUUGAUAAGCAGCCACUGUUUAGAUGAAAACCUCCCCAAAAUGCUCGAUAUUUGGUCUGAAAUAUUCAGCAAACCGAAUUUCAGUAACAGCGAACGAAUGAAAAUGCUAUUCACGAACUAUUGCUCAGCACUCAGUAACGGAAUCAUUGACAGUGGGCACACUUAUGCCAUGCAGGCAGCCCGGGCUUUAAUUACAUCUGUAGACGAAUGCAAGGAGAGUCUAAUGGGUCUACACCACGUCAUCGCAAUGCAAAACAUUCAUAAGAAGCAACCGAUCGAAGAUGUCCAAUGUAUUAUUGAUAUGAUUGCUAAACGAACUCUAAAAGGCACAAACUUGAGAGCAGCCUUCCACUACAGCAACACAAAUGCCGACAUCGAGGAAAAUGUUGACAACUUCUGCAAAGAUUUGUGUAUGGGCGUCGAACAUAAGGAGAUGAACAGGAUCAAUUGGACCGAUUGCAAGAAGAUGCCCACUGAGAACCGAGGGGUUCACAUUCAGAUGAACAUUCCUGUCAAUUUCUGCGCGAAAGUUAUUCCUACAGUUCCCUACACUGACCCGGACUACGCUAAACUUCGUGUGCUAUCAAGAUUCUUAACCUCCAAAUACUUGCAUCCGGUAGUCAGGGAACAAAAUGGCGCUUACGGCGGCGGCGCCAUGUUGACUUUAGAUGGAGUUUUCAACUACUAUUCUUAUAGAGACCCCAACUCAAGGAUCACUCUGAAUGUUUUCGAUGAAACAGCCGCUUGGAUGGAGAAAAAUACCAACUUGGUUGACGACCAGAACUUGUUUGAAGCCAAACUAUCGAUCCUGCAACAAAUGGACCAGCCGAUCGCUGAAUAUAUGAAGGGAAUCGAUCUAUUCCUGUACGGUUUAUCGUAUGAUAUCUGGAAGACGCAAAGAGAGCGAGUACUUGCUGUCAAGAAGGAAGAUUUGGUGGAAGUUUGCAAAAAAUACUUGAAUGCCGAUGUCUGGGCGGGAAAAUGCGUGAUCGGUGAAGGCUCGAAAGACUUGAAGGAAGGAAAAGAGAUUUGGGAGAUGAUAAGUGGACCUCAGCAGUAAUUUCGGAAUUGUUAGAUGCCCUCUGGGUUUGUAAAGGUAAAACAAGUAUGUCUGCUUAGGAUGUAGUCCUAGAAAGUAGCUUUUAAUGUUUAUGUGGCGGGGAACUCAAACCCUAUGUUCAUUUUCUGAUUGCUGUCAGCUUCUUUGGACAAAUAGUUGGUUGAAAAUUCACUUUUACUUCUUCAGUUUUCACAGAAAUAUGCAGUCACGUUGAACGUGAAAUAUUACGUCAAUUUUGAGGUUAAUACAUUUAUAUUUAAGUAGGUCUUAUUCCGUAUUUUGUGGCGAACCUUGAAAGACGAUUCUAUCGUCAACUGACCAUUUUACGCACUUUUUUUUCAAGCCAAGCAAAAGGAAAAGAAUAUUUUUUUGGAAAUAUUUAAGGCAAGUGUGACCCCCUGAGAAGUUAUUGGUGUUAUACUUUUUAAGAAGUUUAUUGUCGUAUUAUGUAAUGCGGUAUUCGUACUUUAUAACCAGGUCUCAAAGAUACCCAAUACCCAAACAAGCACUCUCGGCCCCAAUUCUGCUAUUUACAAUGCCCAAUGAAUGAAUGGAAAAUGGAUUAAAUCGGCACUAUUCAUAUUGUUUAAAACAAUUCUAACAUAAUAAUUGAAAAUUCAGAACGAGGCUGAACACUCACGGUCAAUACAAUGACU